AUGGAUGCAGGUUUAGACACGAGCUCACUAGAGCUUGGUGACAACACAUACAAGCCGCAGAGUAGAGUCUUGACUUUUCUCUUUAGGCACAAGGACUAUCCCAUACCCAAGGACGAUGAAAGAACACUAUACCCUGAAAAACAAAGCAACUGGCUAUCAAGAUUAUUCUUUUGGUGGGUGAACCCACUACUAAAUGUUGGUUACUAUAGAACUUUGCAACCAAACGACCUAUUUAUCUUGACAGACGAAAUGAAGGUUGAGCGUCAGCAUGAGAUUUUUCAAUCAUACUUUGAAGUUGAGUUGGCCAGAGCUAUCCAACUGCACUUGGCCAUGAAAUGCGAAAAAAGACGCAACGAGACUUUGACAACGAGCUCCGUUUCAGAAGAACAAGACUUGGAUGACUUCAAACUCUCGGCAAAAAGCAUGUACAUUGCAUUGUUCUUAACCAUGAAGAGAAGACUCAUUGUUGCAACUGCAUUGGCUACACUAUGUUUGGCUGCAAUUGCAGUAUCGCCAUUCCUAACAAAAAAACUAAUAAACUUUGUUGAAGGACGCGCCUUGGGAAUAUACCCCACUGUGAACAAGGGUAUAGGCUAUGCAAUUGGUUCUGUGCUAUUGAGUUUGGUUAGCGGAUUCUUAUUCCAACAUUAUUUCUACCUCAGUGGAAUACUGGGCGCCCAAGUCAAAGCCUUGUUGACUAAAGCCAUUUUAAAAAAAUCAUUCAAGUUGGAUGCACAAUCAAGACACAAGUUCACCCAGGCCAAAAUUACGAGUUUGAUCACCACGGACUUGGCAAGAAUCGAGCUUGGCUACUUAUUUCACCCACUAUUGGUUUGUCUUCCUGUUCCCGUGGUGCUCACAAUCAUCAUUUUGAUCAUCAAUAUUAGAGUCUCCGCUGUCAUAGGUAUUGUCAUCUUUAUCAUCUUUUUGGGCAUCAUCUCUGUUGGUGCAGCAAAGAUGUUUGCCUUGAGAGAUGCCGUGAGUAAGGUUACCGACCGCAGAGUCAAUAUUAUGAAGGAGAUCUUGAACAAUUUGAAAAUGAUCAAAUACUACUCAUGGGAACAUCCAUACUUGCAGAAAGUCACCAAUGUGAGAAACGAAGAAGUUGACAUGAUUAUGCAAAUCCAAACAUUAAGAAACAUCAUUUUCUCACUCGCAAUGACAUUGACUGGUAUUUGUUCCAUGAUUGCAUUUGUCAUACUUUGGGCCAUCAAUGGCGAAACAAGCUCAGCAGCAAACAUUUUCUCUUCGGUAUCAGCAUUUGAGAUUUUGGGGUUGAUGGUUUUCUUUAUUCCCCAAGCUCUUUCAACAACACUGGAUAUGCUCUUGGGAUUCAGAAGAGUUGGCGCAUUGCUUUCUGCACCCGAAGAAAAACAUUAUCCAGGCUACAAUGUCAUUGAAGAUUCCACCAAAGACGACCAGGCAAUAGUUUUGAAAGAUGCUUCCUUUAUCUGGGCCACAUUUGACGACAAUGAGAGUAAGGGUAAUGGUCAUGAAAGUGACGAUUAUGAAAGUGACGAUGAUGAUACACCAGCACAAAAGAAGGCAAAGAAGAAGCAAAGAAAGUUGAAGAAAAAAUUGGAAAAAAAGGAAACCAAAAGAAAAACCAAACUUGCAAAGAAACAAGGCAUUACAGUUGAAGAGUUGGAAAAACGAGAAAACAAUGAUGAAAAAACUCUUGUCAAGAAUGAAAAAUCUGAAAAAAAGCAAAUUACAGAUCAAACCACAUUUGCUGGUCUUCGAAAUAUCAAUUUAGAUAUCAAAAAAGGCGAGUUUGUUGUCAUUACAGGUGCUAUUGGUUCAGGCAAAUCCUCGCUAUUAAACGCCAUCUCCGGGUUUAUGACUUGUGAGGGAGGGGAAAUUGACAUUUAUGGAUCUUUGCUUUUAUGCGGUGCUCCCUGGAUUCAAAACACCACUAUUCGUGAAAAUAUUACUUUUGGAUCACCCCUUGAACAAAAGACUUAUGAUGACGUCAUUUAUGCGUGUGCUUUAAACAUUGAUUUGGAUAACUUGGGAGGCGGUGAUCUUACCGAAGUUGGUGAAAAGGGUAUUACGCUAUCAGGAGGCCAAAAGGCUAGAAUCAACUUGGCUCGUGCUGUUUAUGCCGAUAGAGAUAUAUUGCUAUUGGAUGAUGUUUUGAGUGCAGUGGAUGCGCGUGUGGGUAAACACAUCUUGAACAAUUGUCUUUUGGGCUACUUGAAGAAUAAGACAAGGAUAUUGGCGACGCAUCAACUAUCCCUUAUUGGCCAGGCUGAUCGAAUCAUAUUUUUGAAUGGUGACGGUACCAUUGAUGUGGGAACUCUAGAAGAGUUGACACUGAGAAAUGCCAAGUUUGACAAUCUUAUGCAACAUAGUAAGCUUGAAAAUACUAAUAUUGAUGAUUUCGAUAUUGAGAGUAACAAUGGUAUUGACAAUGAUUGUGUGAGAGAGAAAGAUGAAAAGGGUGAGACUAAAAGAGAAAAUGGACAAUUUAUUGGGGAAAUUGAUGAGGAUACCAAUACCUAUCAAGAGCAUGGAGUUGGUGAUGACGAAAUUGGUACCAAAUACUCACAUAGUUUACAAAAUAUUACUCGAGAACUAACCAAUGGACACGGUGUUGGUAACAAUACUAAUUACAACCAGUUUGGUUCCAACCAUGAAUUGAAUGAGGAGUAUAGAGAUUACAAUUUGAACAAAGAUGCGGCAAAAGGUAAACUUAUUGUUGCCGAAGAAAGAGCAGAAAACAGUUUGAAGUUUGAAGUUUACAAAAACUAUAUCAAGUUUGGUGCUGGUAAAAUGGGUACUUUUCUUUUCAUCACAAUGUUUGUCUUUUUGUUGACUAUUGCUACAUUUUGCGACAUCUUUACCAACACAUGGUUGUCAUUUUGGAUUUCAAACAAAUUUCCUGGACGUUCAAGUGGAUUCUACAUUGGAAUCUAUGUGAUGUUUACUUUGCUUUGGGUUAUAUUUCUUACGCUCACAUUUUUAUUGUUUAUUAGGGGUACGACUACCUCAUCAAAGAUUAUGAAUAUCAAGGCCAUCAAUAGAAUCUUGUAUGCACCGAUGUCGUUUAUGGAUACUACUCCAAUGGGAAGGAUAUUGAAUAGGUUUACAAAGGAUGCCGAUGCUCUUGAUAAUGAAAUCAGUGACAAUUUGCGUAUCUUAUUUCAAGCCAUUGCUAAGUUGAUUGGUGUAUUGAUCUUGUUGAUCAUUUAUAUUCCCUGGUUUGCAUGUGCGUUACCUGCGAUUUUUAUUGUGUUUUUUUUGAUUGCAAACUACUAUCAAGCUUCUAAUCGAGAAACAAAGAGGAUUGAAGCUAUAUUGAGGUCGUUUGUUUACAAUAAUGUUAAUGAGAUGUUGAGUGGUAUGAAUACAAUCAAGUCGUACAAGGAUGUGUCUAGGUUUGACAAGAGAGGCGAUGACUUGUUGAACACUGCGAAUGAAGCAACAUUUAUUGUUUCCGCAAAUCAAAGGUGGCUUGGAAUUCAUUUGGAUUUGCUUGCUCAGGCUGUUUUUUUGCUUGUUUGUUUGCUUUGUGUCAAUAGAGUAUUUGAUGUCUCUGCUGCUUCGACUGGUUUAUUGAUUACGUAUACUACGCAAAUGGCGGGAGAGUUGAACAACUUGUUUAGAUCAUUUACCAUGGCUGAAAACGAUAUGAAUUCAGCCGAAAGAAUUUGUCAUUAUGCAUUGAAGUUGGAUCAAGAGGCACCGUACAAAAUUGAUGCUAAUGCUCCACCUUCCAAUUGGCCUGAGUCUGGUGCUGUUGAGUUUGUUGAUGCCAAUAUGAGGUAUAGACCCGGCUUGCCCUUGGUGCUUAAGAAUUUAUCUGUUGAGAUCAAGCCUAAUGAAAAGAUUGGAAUUUGUGGUCGUACAGGUGCGGGUAAAUCCUCGAUUAUGACUGCAUUGUUUCGACUUGCAGAGUUGAGUUCAGGUAAGAUUGUUAUUGAUGGUGUCGAUAUUUCCACCAUUGGGCUUCAAGAUUUGAGAUCGAAAUUGUCGAUUAUUCCCCAGGAUCCAGUUUUAUUCAAUGGUACAAUUAGAUCCAACUUGGAUCCCUUUGACGAACACACCGAUGAAGUGUUGUGGGAGUCUCUUCGUCGUGCGGGUAUACUCACAGUUGAAGAGCUUAAUGCUGCUAAAGCAAUCACCAAAAAUGGUAAAGACAAAAACAACGGUGAACAUGGUAGUAAACCUAAAGGUAAUGGUGCUGAUGGCAAAAGUGAAAGUGAAGGUAAUGGUGCUGGUGGCAAAAGUGAAAGUGAAAGUGAUGGUGAAAGUGAGCUUCCAAAAUUCCAUUUAUACCGACAGGUUGAGGAUGAAGGAGAGAAUUUUUCACUUGGUGAACGACAACUUAUUUCUUUUGCACGUGCGCUUGUCCGUGAUUCCAAGAUUAUUGUUUUGGAUGAAGCUACAUCCUCGGUGGACUACAAAACCGACUCGCGUAUCCAACAAACCAUUGCCACCGAGUUUCAGAAUUGUACCAUUUUGUGUAUUGCCCAUAGGUUAAAGACCAUUGUGGGUUACGACAAGAUCAUCGUUAUGGAUAAAGGUUCAAUGCUUGAGUACGAUACGCCAUGGAAUUUGUUCAAUAAAGUUGGUGGAGCCAAAGUGUUUAGAGAGAUGUGUGAUAAGUCGAAUAUUGUGGAAGCAGAUUUCGUAAAUAGAGGUUGA